AUGAAGUGUCAUGAAGAGAUUGCAGCCCCUGUCUCCGGCACUGACUCUGUGACUCUCUCCCCAGUGGACGUGACUCUGGAUCCAGACACCGCAAAUCCCUGGCUCGUCCUGUCUGAGGAUCGGAAACGUGUGAGACGCGGAGACACAUGCCAGGAUCUGCCCAACAAUCCUGAGAGAUUUGAUACGUACCCUGAAGUUCUGGGCACUGAGGGGUUCAGGGGAGGGAGGUAUUACUGGGAGGUGGAGGUGGGAGACAAGACGAGAUGGGACCUGGGGGUUUGUAGGGAAUCUGUGAGCAGGAAGGGGCCGCUCACAUUCACACCUGGAAAUGGAUACUGGGUCGUGUGGUUGAGGGAUGGGGGAUACAGGGCCCUCACCUCCCCCUCGACCCCCCUCCCUGUGAGCGUCAGGCCCACCCUGGUGGGGAUUUUCCUGGACUAUGAGGCGGGCGAGGUCUCAUUUUACAAUGUGACUGACAGGACCCAUCUCUACACUUUCACUGACACCUUCUCUGGGAAGCUCCACCCUUAUUUCUGUCCUGGUCAGAUCGCUGGGGGUACAAACGCGGCUCCCCUGAUAAUCUGCCCGGUCCCAGCUCAGGCCGGAGGGAAUCUCUGUCCCUGACAGCGACACCUGCGGCACAGACUGUCCCCUCCCCGUGCUGCUGCUCUUCCCACCCCCCAGCGGUGGGGGCCAGUUACUGCCGGGAACCAGACUUUGUGCUGACCGGACGCUGCCAGUUUCCCUUUUCAACUGGAGGUUCCAGUCAAAAACCAGACAUCUAGGAACCCCCAGCCUUCACCUUUCCCCGUCUCCUGCCCCAGGGGUAGCAGAUGGGGGUGGAUGGGGUGCAUUCAGUCCUGUCAGAAUUUUCUACCCCUGUGAAAUCUCAAUGUAAAAUAUGAAAGGAAAAAGAUUAUUCUAAUUUAGAAAAUAUUAUUGUAACAAGGUGUAAAUACAAGAACAUUUUAAUUUACAUUUCAACAGCAUUUCAAAAAGAAGCAUCUAAACAUAUUUUUAGAAAUGGAAUUAUUUACAUUUAUUUUUUGAUUCCUCCCUCAAAUCUAUAUUGAAGUUUAACUUCUGUAAAUAAC